UCAGUUUUAGGUCCGCCCGUCCGCUGAAAGUCCGUGUAUCUGUCCGCUGGCUUUUGGUCUGCUAGUCGGACUGGUACUGGUCCGAGUGUUAGUAUCGUGCUCGGAGCUUUAGCUUUGUGGCCGCAACCAGUUUGCUGGCAUCGAUCGUCCUUUGCAGGUCGUGCAUGUCGCGUUGGCGUCUCGCGCCGUCCGCGUUCCGUGCUCGAAAUCGCAAUCUCAAACUGAAGUGAACAGAACUGGAGCGGAUUCGGUCCAAAAUUCUGUGCGAUAGUUUUUAGUUGCUGUGCGAAGUCCGCAAAUAUCUCUAAAAUGCGUUGACCUACAGGGAACCAGAUCGAACCGCGAGUGCCAUGCUAAACAAAGUCGCAGCUUGUACGGUUUAAGAUAACAAAUAAAAGAAAUAAAUUUUUACCGGCUCCACACUCUCACUCUCGGUCCACGAGGCACUCCCGACCGCCUCGAUCCCAGUCGAUCGUACUCCCCGUAUCUCAUCGAGUGCUCCGAGUGCUAGUGCUAUAUUCUCUCACUUUGCUUGCAUAACCAAGAGCAAAGCACACCGCGCGGAGGCAGAUCGCAGAUGCAGAUACAGAUACAGAUACUGCUUGUAGUCUAGUAGUGGACCUGGAGAUACUCUAGCGAGUGCAUGCAAUUGGCAUUGUACCCGGUGCUUCUAAAAUCAAAGAAAAGCAGCUAAAUUUAAAAGUGAGACCUAAACUCUAAAUAUUUCUCAAUACUCUUCGGACUUACGCAAUAAUCUAACUUACCAAUAAUUCAAGCAAGACUAAAUUGCAAUAAAAGUUUAUAAUCCUUAGCAAUAUAACUCUCUCUCAUUGAAAAAAAACUUUAAUAAUUUAAAGCCCCAGUGAAAUAAACAGCAAAAGACAAUUAAUAGACACAGAAAAUGCUAAUAAAAACAGCUUAAAGCACGGUUAAAUAAACUCAGACGCUCGAACACUUACAUAGGAUAUUAGAAGCUGGAAUCAUGGUUUCGGAGGAGAACUGGAAUAGCGACACGAUGUCCGACUCGGACAUGAUCGACUCAAAGAACGACGUCUGUGGCGGAGCCUCCAGUUCAAGCGGCAGCUCGAUUUCGCCGAGAACGCCACCCAACUGCGCCCGCUGCCGCAAUCAUGGCCUGAAGAUCACCCUGAAGGGACACAAGCGGUACUGCAAGUUCCGCUACUGCACGUGCGAGAAGUGCCGACUGACGGCGGACCGCCAGCGGGUGAUGGCCCUGCAAACGGCCUUGAGGCGAGCCCAGGCCCAGGAUGAGCAGCGGGCACUGCACAUGCACGAGGUACCGCCCGCCAAUCCGGCGGCCACGACCCUGUUGAGUCAUCAUCAUCAUGUCGCAGCUCCCGCUCAUGUCCACGCCCACCAUGUGCAUGCCCAUCACGCACACGGAGGACACCACUCGCAUCACGGACAUGUCCUGCACCACCAGCAGGCAGCGGCGGCAGCAGCAGCUCCGUCGGCUCCAGCCUCCCAUCUUGGUGGGCCCAGCACGGCCGCUUCUAGCAUUCACGGUCACGCCCACGCGCACCACGUCCACAUGGCAGCCGCUGCAGCCGCCUCGGUGGCUCAGCACCAGCACCAAAGCCAUCCACACUCGCACCACCACCACCACCAGAAUCACCACCAGCAUCCGCAUCAGCAACCGGCCACGCAGACCGCCCUGCGAUCUCCGCCGCACAGCGAUCACGGCGGCAGUGUGGGUGCGGCCACCAGCAGCUCCGGCGGUGGAGCACCCAGUUCCAGCAAUGCUACAGCGGCCACCUCUAGCAGCGGAUCCAGCGGUGGUGGAGGAGGAGGCGGAGGGGGCAGCUCUGGUGGCGGAGCAGGAGGCGGUAGGUCAUCGGGAACAUCGGUGAUCACUAGCGCCGAUCACCACAUGACCACGGUGCCUACGCCCGCCCAAUCGCUGGAGGGGUCCUGCGACUCGUCGUCGCCCUCGCCGUCGUCCACUUCCGGUGCCGCCAUUUUGCCGAUCUCAGUUUCCGUCAAUCGCAAGAACGGCGCCAAUGUGCCCUUGGGCCAAGACGUUUUCCUAGACUAUUGCCAAAAGCUAUUAGAAAAAUUCCGCUAUCCUUGGGAGCUGAUGCCGCUCAUGUAUGUGAUAUUGAAGGACGCAGACGCCAACAUUGAAGAGGCUUCCCGGCGAAUCGAAGAGGGCCAAUACGUUGUGAAUGAGUACUCCCGUCAGCAUAAUUUGAAUAUCUAUGACGGGGGUGAGCUGCGCAACACAACGCGGCAAUGUGGAUGAUAAUUUUUCAUUAACUAGAGUAUCGAAUACUACUUUGCCCCGAUAUUUAUUAUUGUUCAGCAUCACAUAUUAGCCUAAUGCUUCGGUGAAAUCGCGCGAAUUUUUUUAUAACUUAGAGUUGAGUAACUUAGCGUUUUAUGGAGCAAAACCUCUGUAAAUAACUCGAAUUUAUUGGUAAACUAAAGCGCGACUUGGACUAUCUUCCAUCAACAAGCCAAAUAUGUCGAUGUGUGACCGCCGUUCUACGCGUCAGCUUUCUUUCUUCAAUCAACAUUACCCCGUGCUGAGAUGUCUGGCCUCAAAGUUAUUAAUCUCAAUCUACAAUCAACAUUCUCUUCUCUUCAAUCAACAAUCCCCGAACGGAUCUAAUCAACAUGCAACAUAGCCCUUGCCGCCAACGAAUAAUAUAAUUAAAGGACAAAGGACAAAAUUUACUUAACGUUUUCUAAAAAAUAUUCGAAUUGCCCACGCCAAAUCAACGAUCAACAUUUCAACACGUACCGCAUCACAAAUCUGCACAUCGGUUGUAUAGCUUUAGUUUAACCUUAUUUAAGUUUGGCAUUACUCAGUUUAUUGGGCUUAUCACAGUCUAAUUAAAGCCAUUGAAAGCGCCUCACUUCAGUCAUUUAUGCUUUUAUUGUUUACUUAAGUACUUAACUGAAUCUAAGUACAAAAUAAUGUUUCUUUCGUAAGCAGCACUAAAUUGAUCAACAAAGGGGAUCGAGGAGAAAACUAAGAUAUACACACUCAUUCAAAUAGGCUUACAGGCCAAUCUCAAAUUUCUACUCUGCGUGUGAAUUUGUAUCUUAGCAAGGCACACUUGCAUAGUAACCCUUGAAGAAAUGAUCACUACUUUCCGGGGGUCUGGGUAUCAAAACUGUUGUGAGAUAGUGCACAAAUUAUAUAUAUAUAUUUAGGCUAGUGUUUCAUCGAUGUCUUGCGAAACUCUAAUUGUAAUAUUGUAUUACAACGAAAAUUCUCAUUGACAUUGUAAAAAAUAUUGUUACGACCUUAAGUAAGAUUUAGCCCAACGGAAUAUUAUAAAAAGGAUAAACCUGAAAUGUCAGAAAUAAACUAUUUUCCUUAAACAAAAUCGGCCUCGCUGAGAUGAUGAGAUGAGAUGAUGAAUUCGAAACUGAAUCUGAAACUGAAACUUAAGCCCUCGAAUAUGCGAAUUGCCUCACUGAAGUGGAAGUAUCAGCUGUUGUUUGUUUUGUUGAUGACAUUAAACUGGUAACGAUUGCUUUUCAAGUUGUUGCCAUUUCACGAAUCCAUUACCAUUGCACGUCCCAGCAUCAUCAGCUGAAGUUUUGCCGAGUUGGAGUUGGGAGCCGGGAUGAAGGAUGUGGGAUGUGGGACCUGGGAUCUGGGAGCUGGAAGUAACUUGUGUCGCCACUGCUGCUCGGAUCGUAAAUGCAUCAUUAAACCGAAAAAUGCAUGCGAAAAAUUUACGACACUGCCAACACCAUUGCCAAAGGCCUGCACUGCGAGAAAUGCUUUCAGUGAAUUAAUCUUCGAUUUUGUGUUCGUCAUCAGUUCAAAUCGCAUCCAUUUAUAAGUUGUAGUUUACUCACCUUAGAAUCGUAAAUAUUUUUCUUUCUUAUAGUAACUAUUAUAUCAUUAAGUUGUAUAUAAACUAUGGAUUCAUGUUAUAGCUGCCCUAAAUCCAUAGAUUUCUCAAAGUGUGUGCCUGAGAUUCGCAGCUUCGGAUUUAGUUUCUCCAGCUGGGUUAAACGACUCUAGUCAGCCACCAGGUAGCUGCAAUGCUCCGGCCGUAACAGCUCGACAUCGCUCCUCGGCACUAAACACGUCACGAUGAAAUUUCAGGAAUCGCCGGCGAUCUGGGAGGGAGAAUCUCUGGGUUACCUGGUGGGUAGGCAAUGGCGACGUGUAAAUGUGGGCACCAUAAAGCUUAAAAGUGUUUAUGGUUGAAAUGUGCGCAAGUGAGAGAGAGGGAGAGAGGGAGAGAGGAAUCGCCGAAGCGGUAAAGGUAUUUGAUGCCAACGAAUCGAAAGUUUUAUUGCAAUAUUCAAGGUCCGUUAAAAACUAAAUUUGGAAAACCUACCUUUCCAAUACAAGAACCAACCAAGAACCAAGUAAAAAGCUGACCUUAGGCUUUUCAUACGAUAUUUAAUAAUUAAACAAUAAACAAAAUGAUACAUAUCAUGUUCUUCCAAUUCAUAAGGAUAACUAGGUUUCAAAACGAUUUCGUAAUUCUUAAUAAUAUUUUUAAGGCAGGACUUUGAAUCAUGUAUACAUAUUUUACAUUCAUUCACUUACGAUCAAUGAAUUUAUCUUACUUUUGUAAUUAGAUUAGAAACCAUUAAUCUUUAAAAUAAUUCUCUAUGGAUAGUUGAAUAUAGAUAGAUGGAACUUAAUAGAUUGUUUUCAAAUAGUGCGAUGACCAAAUCAUCUCAUGACUCAGAGUAAAGCAAAUUCAUAUGGAAUCCAACCACUCUCCUCGACCCAAUUUUACGACGCACUGCCGCAUCCCUGCGUUGUCAUAUUUCCAGCGACGCCUUUCUUUGUUUUCCCAUAAAAAAUAGACUCGCUAGUAUACCAUUUUGUACGGGGCGCCAUAACGAGCUGCGGGCCGUAUCAUCAUCAUCAUCAUCGUCGUCGUCGUCGUCAUAUGGAGCUGCCCAGCCCAGCUCAGCUCGGCUCAACGAGUCUAGAACAAAUUCCUUGCCACUUUCAUCCCAAACAUUUACCAAUGCUUAUUAAAAACUAUAGGAAAGCGCAGACCGAGCGGCAGCAGGAAGCAAAAAUUUCCAACUUUACGACUUCAUAUUGUGGGCGGAUCGUAAAAUAUUUGUGCAGCGUCAACUUCCACU